AUGUGUGACCAGCAGAAGCAGCCACAGUUCCCUCCAUCAUGUGUGAAAGGGUCAGGAUCGGGAGUUUUGCAAGGGACCAACGGCGCUUCUGUGAAAUGCCCAACUCCCUGCCAGACCCAAACCGUUUAUGUGACGGGCCCUGCUGGGGGCUCUGGCCCAGGCCCUGCUGCAGGCCCUGCUGCGGGACUCACUCUGGGUCCAGCUCAAACCUUUGUGAAAUGUCCAGCUCCAGUCCCAGCUCAAACAUACGUGAAGUGCCAAGUUCCAUGCCAGACUCAAACCUACGUGCAGUGUCUGGCUCCUUGCCAGCCUAAAACAUAUGUGAAAUGUCCAGCUCCCUGCCAGACCUAUGUGAAGUGCCCAGCUCCAUGCCAGACAACCUGUGUGAAGUGCCCGGCCCCAUGCCAGACGACCUAUGUGAAGUGCCCGCCUCCUUGUCAGACGUACGUGAAGUGCCCAGUUCCCUGCCAGACGCAGACGUAUUACAUCCAGUACCCUACUACUCGCCAGAGCUACUACGUUCAAGCUCCUGCAGGUGGCUCAGCCUCCCAGGGCUGUGCCCCUGACCCAUGCUCUGCACCCUGUUCCACCAGCUACUGCUGUCUGGCUCCUCGGACCUUCGGGGUGAGUCCCCUGAGACGCUGGGUCCAGAAACCUCAGAGCUGCAACACAGGAUCAUCUGGCUGCUGCGAGGAUUCCGGAUGCUGCAGCUCUGGGUGUGGAAGCUCUGGGUGCUGCAGCUCUGGGUGCUGCAGCUCUGGGGGCUGUGGCUCUGGGUGCUGCUGUUUGGGAAUUAUCCCCAUGAGGUCCCGAGGUCCUGCAUGCUGUGACCAUGGAGAUGACUGUUGCUGUUAA